AUGGAGGCGCUCGGGGGUUAUCCAACUAAAUCCUCUGCCCGAAGAGCAAGCAUGUUCUCUGUGUUUUUGAGUGUUGCAGUAUGCAUGGGUUCGUUAUAUUUGUUGCAGACAAAGUUGACGAAGUCGCGAAAACAAAAGGAUUUCUACACUUUCGAAGUCAAGGACACCAAAGGGAGGACCGUUUCUCUGGAUAAGUAUCGAGGCAAAGUGUCCCUUGUUGUAAACGUGGCGAGUCUCAGCGAACACACAGAGCAGAAUUAUCGAGCUUUGCAAGAACUUCAUCGUGAGCUGGGAACGUCGCACUUCAACGUACUCGCGUUCCCUUGCUCACAGUUCGGUGAAACUGAACCCGGGACCAGUCGCGAUAUUGAAGCGUUUGCCAGGACAAAUUUUGGCGUGACGUUUCCCAUCUUCAGCAAGAUCAAAAUAAUGGGAUCCGAAGCGGACCCGGCGUUCAAAUUCAUCACAGAUUCAGUCCAGCGAAUUCCAAAAUGGAAUUUCUGGAAGUAUUUGGUGAACGCCGAGGGUCAGGUGGUGCGCUUCUGGCGGGCGGAGGAAUCCAUGGACGACAUUCGAAAGGAGGUGGCGACACACGUGCGCGACAUCAUAGUAAAGAAGAGACUGGAGCUGUGAUGAACGGGAAAGUCACAGAGACAUCAAAUGCCGCUGGACAGAGCCUAUUUAAAUUGGUCGCAUGUUCAGCUGAGUUUUAGGUUGCUGACAUGAAAGGCCAUUGGUUCAUGAUGGGCCUUAUUCGCCUGCCAAAGAAAUUUUUGCAAAUGUUCCUAAUGGUACGAAAGAAAGAGCGUGUGUGACUGUAUUUGUGCGAUCUCGCAGGAGAGUGAG